AUUUAGAAUCAGAUGCUUGAUUUGUCUACAAAAAGCUCUUCUGCCUCCAAUUUUCAUAAAACAAGGAAGAAAACAAUGGGGUGUUCCCUGGCGUUUGCUCUUGUGUCUUUCAUGAUUUGUUUAUUUCAAUUCACUCCUUGUGUUUCUUCAGUGCAGCCGCUGUGUCGUAGCGAUGAGCGACUUGCGCUGUUUCAAUUCAAGGAAAGCUUGAAUGUGGAUGAAGAAGCUUCUGCCGAUCCAUUUGCUUAUCCCAAGGCCGAGGGAUGGAAAUUUCAAGGGGUUGAUUGUUGCCACUGGGAUGGUAUUGAGUGUGACCAUAACACUGGUCAUGUGACUGCUCUUGAUCUCAGCAGCAGCUUCCUUUAUGGCACCAUCAACUCCACCAGCAGUCUCUUCCAUCUCGUUCAUCUGCGAAAGCUCAAUCUUGCCGACAAUCACUUCAACUUCUCUGAGAUACCAUCAAGAUUGGGCAAUCUUUCGAUGCUGACAUAUCUUAAUCUCUCUAAUUCUGUCUUUUCUGGUGAAAUUCCAUUACAAAUCUCAUCGCUCUCUAGGUUGACUUCACUCGAUCUAUCAAACGAAGCGGAACUUGAAUGUCCGGAUUUCAGGAGCUUGAUACGAAAACUAACCAACCUCAAACACCUUCAUCUAUCCCAUGUCAUUGUAUCUUCUCCAGUGCCUAGCAUCUUGAUGAAUUUGUCUUCAUUAUCAUCUCUUGAUCUCAGUCAUUGUGGGCUGUCAGGUGAGCUCCCAACAUCCAUUUUCCAGUUACCAAACAUCCAGUUCCUCGAUGUGUCCAACAACUUGCACCUCACCGGCACAUUACCUGCAACCUUUUCGAGUAGGCGGCUCAAGUUUUUAUCAGUGGGGUUUACAAGUUUCUCUGAUGUUUUACCUGCUUCAAUUGGAAGCCUCGAUUCAUUGAAAUUCUUGGAUGUUACAGCUUGCAAAUUUGGAGGACCACUUCCGUCGUCGUUAGGUAAUCUCACUAAACUCACUGGAUUAGCCCUGCAAAAUAAUUCUUUUUCAGGUGAUAUACCAUCCUCUUUGUCAAACCUCACUCGGAUGGGGUUUCUUUCACUUGGCAUCAACAAAUUCAACCUCAAUACCAUCCCUUCUUGGUUUGCUAACUUCAACAAGCUUCAUGAGUUGCAUUUGUCCUUCUGUAGAAUCAAAGGUCCCAUCCCAUCUUUUCUUGCAAACCUGACUCAGCUUGUUGUGUUGGACCUCAACCAGAACCAGUUCACUGGAGGCUUCCCAGUAGGAAUUGCAAACCUUACCUGGUUAAAAUCUCUCUCUCUUGGGUCAAAUAUGUUGGAUGGGGCACUUCCAGACUCAAUUUUUGGGCUCCAGAAUCUUGAACUCCUUGAGAUUUACUCUAAUAGACUGAGUGGUAUAGUUGAGAUGGACCAGUUCAUGAGACUUAAACAUUUGAAAGUUUUGUAUUUGUCCUCAAACAAUUUCACAUUGCUUUCCGUAUCCGAAACCAGUCCCAAUACCAGUAUUCUUCCAAUGUUUAAUGAGUUGGGGUUAGGGUCGUGUAAUCUAAGACAGUUCCCAAACUUGCUGAGGGACCAGAACCAGCUGGUGUAUCUAGAUCUCUCUCGUAAUAAUAUACAGGGUCAGGUGCCCAAAUGGAUAUGGGAAAUGAGCUUAGAAACUCUACUUCUAUUGGACCUCUCUUUUAACUCUCUAACAGGAUUUCAUGAAUCUCCCACUGACACUCUUCUCCCUUGGUCUAAUAUACUCCUUUUGGACCUUAGCUCCAACUUGUUUCAAGGCUCUCCCCCAAUCCCAUCCCGUUCCAUUAUGGUUUACUCGGCCUCGAACAAUUCAUUCACCGGAGAAAUCCCACAGUUAUUUUGCAGCAUGGCUUCUCUUCAAGUUCUGGAUUUAUCUCGAAACAACUUAUCCGACAUCAUUCCCCAGUGUUUAAGCAAUGUUAGCACAUCCCUGUCAGUGCUAAAUUUGCAUGUCAAUGACUUUCAUGGCCCUAUCCCUCAAGCCUGGAUGAGUGGAAACAAAUUGAAGAUGAUUAACUUAGGCCAGAAUAAGCUGGAAGGGAAGUUGCCAAGAUCACUGGUAAUGUGCAGAAUGCUGGAAUUUCUUGACAUCGGGAACAAUCGAAUCAGAGAUACUUGGCCUUUUUGGUUGGUGAAAUCAAGAGUGGAGAGUUCGAUUCCGUGUUUCCUAAGCUACGUGUUAUUGACCUCUCCAACAACGGAUUCAUCGGCCUUUUGCCGUCGUCUUACAUGGAAAGCUGGAAUGCCAUGAAACGUUUUCAUGUGGAGCACUUGUCAUA